UUUCCAAUGCGUUUAGUUCUUGUCCGUUGUAUUUAAUGUUGUGGUUACUCCUUAAUAGUGUUCAUAAAAAAAUGCGUCGCGGUUUCAUUGUUAUCGUCUCAUUCGGAAUUUUUUUCUUCAUCACCUACACGUUAUUACAAAAUAGAGGAAAUCAUAUAGUUUCAAAAUCAUUUCGAACAACUUCACACAAUAAUCGAUCUAUUUUAAAAAAUCUCUUCGAUUUAAACAUCAAGAAUAACUCGAUAUUCUUUCUGGACACUUCCCUUAAAGAUUAUCAAAACGAAUUAGUCACCAUACAUCGUCGAGUAUCUUGCGCCGUGGAAUCAGCAGCUUUACAUCAUCGAAAUCGAUCGAUUUAUUACGUUUACGUUGGGAGAUAUCACGAAGCUACGAUGGAUAUUAAUGAUAUUAAUUUUGAGCCGAUUUUAACCUACGAAAACGUUCAGGUUGUUUACGUAAAUAUCGAAGAUUUGGUUGAAAAUACGGAAAUUGAAGGAUUAUUUAAGAAAGGUUUAAUUGAAACGUCGAAUUAUUACGUCGAACAUUUCAAAGAUGCCUUUUGUGUAAUCCUUUUAAGGAAUUACGGUGGAAUUUAUUUGGACAGUGAUGUGAUAAUAUUAAAAUCUCUAAAUGAAUUAGGGGAAAAUUUCGUUGGGAAAGAAUCCGAACAAGUGUUAGGAACCGCAAUUUUGGCAUUCAACCAAAGUGGUCAUCACUUUUUAACCACGCUUUUAGAAGAUCUCAAUGUAAAUUAUAACCCAAAAUCGUGGGGUGGAAAUGGACCAUAUCUAUUUACUAGAGGGGUGAAAAAAUUGUGUGGGACAACAUCGAAUUUUUCUGGCAAUAAAUGCGACUAUUUAAAAAUCUUUUCGAAAAAUUUCUUUUUUCCGGUUUAUUAUGAGGAUUGGAGGCAUCUCUUCGAUCCGAAUUAUGUCGAAGAAAUCCUGGAAAUAACCAAAAGUAGCUAUAUGAUUCAUUUUUGGAAUAAAUUGAGUCAUAAUUGGAUAUUAGACGUUAAAUCGAACGCUUCUUAUGUAAUUUUAGCGAAAACACAUUGUCCGAAUACGUUUCUUAUGCAAAAUAAAUCAUUUUAAUUUUUUAA